AAAAAAUAAAAGGGUAGCUAGAAGCAGGGGCGAGGGGAACGGAGGUAAAGCGAACGCUCUCGGUCGGUCUCUCUCUCUCGUUUUUAUUACAUUAAUGAAUUGAGUUGUAAGGGACACGUACAAGGAAACACGCCUCCACCUGGACGACCAAACGCGUUUGAUAUUUGAUUGUGUUCAAUGGUACGUGUUUGCAUCUGUACAUUUUCGGCGAAAACCAGAGUAGGACGUCUCAUCCCGUCGUUUGAAACACUUCUGAAGGCGUAGCAGCUGAAAGUCCUCGCGGUGAACAUGGCAACUUUAACGAACGGACAGGUGGACGCCGCGGUGCACGGAGGAGCGGCCAGUACGAACGGGCUCGUGAACGGAAUAAGCCACACGCACAGUCCCGCGAGCUGCGCCACCAUUCCAAUGAAGGACCACGAUGCCAUCAAACUGUUCAUCGGACAGAUACCCCGCAACCUGGACGAGAAGGACCUCCGGCCGCUCUUCGAGGAAUUUGGCAAGAUCUACGAGCUCACCGUGCUGAAAGACCGCUUCACUGGCAUGCACAAAGGUUGUGCCUUCCUCACAUACUGUGCAAGAGAAUCAGCGCUAAAAGCUCAGACCGCGCUUCACGAGCAGAAGACACUACCUGGGGGAAGUUGUGCCUUCCUCACAUACUGUGCAAGAGAAUCAGCGCUAAAAGCUCAGACCGCGCUUCACGAGCAGAAGACGCUACCUGGGAUGAACAGGCCAAUCCAGGUGAAGCCAGCUGACAGUGAGAGCAGGGGAGAAGACAGAAAACUCUUCGUUGGCAUGCUGAAUAAGCAGCAAUGUGAGGACGACGUGCGGCGCCUUUUUGAGUCCUUCGGGAGCAUUGAGGAGUGCACCAUCCUCCGAGGUCCUGACGGAAACAGCAAAGGUUGUGCGUUUGUGAAGUAUUCCACUCAUGCAGAAGCUCAGGCCGCUAUUAGUGCUUUACACGGCAGCCAAACCAUGCCUGGCGCUUCUUCCAGCCUGGUGGUGAAGUUUGCAGACACAGAUAAGGAACGGACCAUUCGACGCAUGCAGCAGAUGGCCGGUCAGAUGGGCAUCUUCAAUCCGAUGGCCCUGCAGUUUGGAGCGUACGGUGCCUAUGCACAGGUUCAGCAGCAGGCAGCGCUGAUGGCAUCAGUGGGUCAGGGAGGAUAUCUCAGCCCUAUGGCGGCUUUUGCUGCCGCACAGAUGCAACACAUGGCCACCAUCAACGGCCUCCCAGGGGCUCCCAUGACCCCAACAUCAGGUGGAAGCACGCCCCCUGGCAUCACGGCUCCCACGGUGACCAGCAUUCCAUCUCCAAUUAGUGUCAACGGUUUCACAGGGCUGCCUCCUCCUCAGGCCAAUGGCCAGGCCCCAGCGGAGGCCAUGUUUACCAAUGGAAUCCAUCCUUACCCAGUUUUGCAGGAAGUGGUGUUUAGGGAAGACUCGGAGAAGGGCGGCCUGGGCGUGGCACAGAGAAGUUGUUUUGGGGUUCAGGGAAGCUGCUUCCUGUCGUCUCUCUCAGAAGCUCAGAGUCCCACUGCAGCAGACCCCUUACAGCAGGCCUACGCUGGAGUCCAACAAUAUGCAGCAGCCUUCCCCGCUGCAUAUGGACAGAUCAGCCAGGCCUUUCCCCAGCCGCCUCCCAUCAUCCCUCAGCAACAGAGAGAAGGGCCAGAGGGCUGUAACCUGUUUAUUUAUCACCUCCCUCAGGAGUUUGGGGACGGCGAGCUGAUGCAGAUGUUCCUGCCUUUCGGUAAUGUCAUCUCCUCCAAAGUGUUUGUGGAUCGGGCGACAAACCAAAGUAAAUGCUUUGCGAAGCUUUCGAUUGAAGCCGGGUGCGCACUGUGUGGUUUUUGCUACGAUCCGUUCGUCGGGCUAAAUGGAGUUUUAGAUCACUUAGUACAACAUGUUUAUCAAUAAGCAACUUUUACAAUGAAUUGUAGCUUCUUAAGUUUCCAGUGUCUGAAAUUUUAACGGAAGCAAUGGAUUUGAGCUUGUGCCAAUUAAAUAUCUUCAUUGUAACCAGACUAUCAAAAUGAUUAAAAGUGGCAAAUCCAUUUGUGCAGUUUGGGGUUUUUCAUUUUGGAUUUAUGUUAUUACUUCGGUUUCGUGUGAAAAUGCCAAAGUCAGAACA